UCACCCCACGCCAACUGGAGGAGGUGAGCAACCAAAUGCUAGAAUUGUAUGAACAAAAUAGAGUACAACCUUCUCAGGCUAGUGAAGCAGAAGGAAGUGCUGGUGGAAAUCAAAGGCCUGCAGGAAAAGCUUCAGUUGCAAAUGAAGAGCAUGCUGCAAAUAACAGUAAUUCUCUGGGUGGAGCUGCAAAUUCAAAUGCAGGAACCUCCAAUCGUGCAUCUUCUAGGGCAAUUCCUGAUCAACCAUAUGCUGAUAAUCACAGUGGGCCCUCCGAAGCUGCUCAAACUAGCACUAAUAACUAUGGAAGUACUGAAAAUUAUGCUUCAGAUCGUAUUGGAGAUGAUGAGAUUAGUGAUAGGCAGAAGCUUGAAAGUGAGCAGUUGGCUUAUCAGGGUAAUGCAGCAGAGGUACAAAGUAGAUCAAAGUAUGGUUCUGAAAGCCAUGAUGAAGAUGAUCAGGAAGAGAACACUGGGAAAGCUGAAACAAGGCGUAAAGGGGAACCAAAGGAGAAGUACCAUGGUCGAGCCCUGGAGAACAAGGAUGGCAGACUUGGCCAGUCACCGCAAGGAGUUAAAAAGAUAGAUAAAGACAAGGUCAAAGCAGCUGUUGAGAACAAGGUCAAGGCAGCAUUGGAGAAACGCAGAAAAUCCCAAGGGGAUGUAACCAGGAAAACUGAUGUUAUGGAUGACGAUGAUCUCAUUGAGAGGGAAUUGGAGGAUGGAAUAGAACUGGCAGCUGGGAAUGAGAAAAUCAAACGGGAAAGAAAAGAAAGCUGGACCAAGCCUUCAAACAGGCUGGAGCAUGAGAACACAUAUCAUGAAAAGCAUCAAGAUGAAGCUGGGGACGGGCAUCACCAAGGGUCAAAACGGCAGUCUUCACGUGGGGAAGAUUACGACUAUGUUGAAGAAGGGGAACUGGAACCAUAUGAUGAUGCUGACAAGGUAUAUCGGUCACCAAAGUCUAACAGUAGGAAGAGAAAGGCAAGUAGCCCCUCAGAAAAACUGGAGGGAAAGCGGGAUGAGUAUAUAACAGGGACCCACAAUCAAACUUACCAAGAUUUUCCAGAUGAUAGAAACGGGGCUGGGAGGCUUGAUUAUUCUGAGAGGGACCACAAAAGGCACAUGCAGGAAAAUCAUGCCUGAGAUGUCUUCUGUGCUUUGAAGCAGCAUAUCUAGCUAGUUCUGUUGAACAAGCGAGACAUUCUGAUCCGGGAGCGAGUUUAUUUCAGGCUGUCACCGCUAGAUCCUAUGUUCUAUCUCCUUAUUCAUGUCUCCAAAAUUUUUUGCCACAACUUCAAUUGGUGAAAGAGCCACUAUUUAUAUGAAGGUAACCAUGUAACUCUAUUCUCCGGAUGAUUUUGAACCCCUUCCAUAUUCUGCUCUACCCUAUUUCCCUUUUACAUCUAUUUCCGUAUUUCGAUAUCUCAAAUAUGUUGCGGAAUUUGUAAGAAUGGAUUCUGAUAAUUGUCCAAGUUGUUAGUGGCCUAAAUGUUGUCCAUUAUUUCCUGUACAUUAUGGAAGAGUUGUCUUUUAAAACUACUGAUUUUGCUGUAUGACGAGUUAUAUUUCUGCUUA